GUGUAAUGCGUGGAUGUAGGGGAGGUGGUGUGUAUGUCGCGUCAUAUCGCCCGCCGCUUUAUCAUUGGCCAGCUCAACUCACCAGACACCAGCGCGCUUGUUUUCUGCAGAGGAAGCACGCCCGUGAGGUGAGCUUUGUGCUAAGGAAUGAAAUAGCCAACAGCGUUUUUUUUCACUUUCGUAUCUCAUCAAAACGAUGAUGUGACCAAACAGGCCGCUGACAAACUCUUAGCGCAAGCGGCGGUCACAGUGAAAACAUUUUCAGGUGCGAUAGUGUGAGCCACGGUCGCCUCUGAAUCGCUGCAGACAGUGAGGACGCUGUUGUCUGGUGAUCAAGUGCCAAAUGCCAAGACUUGAAGGACACUGUUGGAGUUGCUCCUGUUCAUCACGAAUGAAAGCUAAAGACCUGUCGAGUGCCAGUUGGGUUUCAUCUAAAGUAGAAGAAAUGAUGUCCAUCAUAACCUCAGUUAUGCGGCAUGCAUAUGGGUCCAUUCACAGUAUCCAGUCCGCUAACCUAAUACGACGGGGCUUCGUGCUGUUUACCGUCGGAGUGUUUCUCGCAUUGGUGCUAAAUUUGCUACAAAUUCAAAGAAACGUCACGUUGUUCCCCGAGGAAGUGAUAGCAACUUUGUUCUCGUCUGCCUGGUGGAUUCCACCUAGUUGUGGAACAGCAGCAGCUGUGGUUGGCCUGCUGUACCCUUGUCUGGACAGCCAUCUUGGGGAGCCACACAAGUUUAAGAGGGAGUGGGCCAGUGUGAUGCGUUGCAUCGCAGUGUUUGUGGGCAUCAACCACGCCAGUGCUAAACUGGACUUUGCUAAUAAUGUCCAGCUCUCCCUGACCCUGGCAGCACUGUCGCUGGGCCUGUGGUGGACGUUUGACCGCUCCAGGAGUGGCUUCGGCCUUGGCAUCACCACAGCCCUGCUGGCCACACUCAUCACACAGCUACUGGUCUACAACGGUGUUUACCAGUACACCUCUCCAGACUUCUUGUAUGUUCGCUCGUGGCUACCCUGUAUAUUCUUCUCCGGGGGCAUUACUGUGGGGAACAUUGGACGGCAGCUGGCUAUGGGAGCUGCAGAGAAACCUCACAACGACUAGGCAGCAAGGCUGACUUUUGAAGGUCAAAGGGCGCAGAGAUGCAGGGGCGGAGGAGGGGGGCAAUCCGUGUCGCUCACCCCUCCCACACCUCGAAAUGUCGGGACUGUUCUAGAGCCUGGGAGGGGAUGCACAUCAAUCAUCGGAGAGACCCCCUCUUCUCGUUUGUACUCCUGAUUUAUUUUUUUCCUCCUUCUUGUUGCUCAGCGAAAAAGUAUGAAAAAGAAGAGACAUUAACUGAGGUGGUUGGCACACAGAACUGACCCACAGUGCCAUGCCCUACACCUCCUCUGUGUGGCCAAAUGAUGCCCUGUGACCUUCCCACCAUGACCUUCAUCACCAUCACCCUCACCAUUACCAUCCUCCUAACACACACAUAAACAUAAGCACACACACACACUCACAAACAUACACGUUCAUCUUCCGCCUGCUGUUGAGGAGGCUGGAUGCUGGUUUCUCAUUGCUGAAGCCUGUGGCUUACUUUGCUCUGAGAUAAAAGAACAGCAGGCCAUUUGAGGGGA